UAUCGGAAGUCAGUGACACUCGAAACAAGCCGCGACAGGAACAGAGAUAUACAUCCGGCGCUUCAAAUUAAUAGAGAAGAACCGGGUUCAUCAAAAAGUGCCGAUUUGCAAUGGGGGGCCUCAAUUGAUUCAAACUGUGCGCAAUUUCUGCCACUUGUGAAGAAGCUUCUCUGCAGGGGAGUCGCUGGCCGGCGCCACAGGGAAAGCUAAGAAAAUUAAUAAUAUUAUUUAUCACAAAUGCUGAAUGAUUAUUUCGGAUUGUAACCCAUUCCCUGUAAACGUCUUAAACAGGUAAUCGACGCGUGCAGCAAUUGUGAACUGCAAAGGAUUAAUAGAAACGGAACUGUAAUUAGUCACAAAAAGUAGUGGCGGAGCCUAGAUCGCACUCUUUUCUUUUUCCCAGCGAACCGCUAUAGCUUUUUUUGGGGGGGGAGGCCUAAAAAACACGGCAUAUUCCUCCGUGCGCCGACUCCUGUUUCUGAGCAGACCAGCGGGCUGAGUGUAAAAGCGGCUGCUGGCUGUGCGGGGAAAGAGCGGUACAACUCGGCAUUUUACACUAAGAUCCAAGGCGAAAAUGCUUUAAAGUUGAAGAUUCGGACUUAUUUUUAACCGUUGGCACUAUGGAGGGUGCGAGUGUCAGGGCGCCGGAACCGCCGCCCGGCUUUUCGGAGCUGAUCAGCCGAGGCUACGCCGCUAUGCUCGGCGUCCUGCAGGACUGCGGCGACUGUGGCGUGGAGCUCUCCAGGCGGACCCUGCUGGAAAACGCCCAUAUAACCUGGACGGAGAUCGGGCUCUUCGCCAUGUGCGCCGUCAUGUGGACCGCGCUGCGGCUCCGGCUCGCACGCUGCCUCUUUAAGCCAAUGGCUGAGUGGUGUUGCCUCCUGCCCAAAGAUGCUGAGAAGAUGCCGGAGAGUGUAUGGAAGCUGAUGUUCUACUGCAUGUCUUGGUCAUACAGCACAUAUCUGCUCUUCUUCACCCAGUAUUCCUUCUUCCAUGACCCCCCCUCCGUGUUCUAUGGCUGGAAGAGCGGCAUGCUGGUGCCCACCGACAUCGCCAUCGCCUACCUGAUCCAGGGCAGCUUCUACGCUCAUUCCAUAUACGCCACGUUCUACAUGGACGCCUGGAGGAAAGACUCCAUCGUCAUGAUUGUGCACCACAUCAUCACUCUCGCCCUGAUCUCCUUCUCCUACGCUUUCAGGUACCACAACAUCGGGCUUUUGGUCCUGUUCCUCCACGACAUCAACGACAUCCAGCUAGAGUUCACCAAGCUCAACGUCUACUUGAAGACCAGAGGUGGCACAUUCCACACGCUCAACGACGUGCUGUCCAGCGUGGGCUUCAUCAGCUUUGGGGCCACCUGGUUUUGGUUUCGACUUUACUGGUUCCCACUCAAGGUCCUGUAUGCCUCCUGCAUAUCCAGUGUGGCGUCUGUCCCCAACAUCCCGUUCUACAUAUUCUUCAACUCACUCCUGCUUGCACUCCUUGUGAUGAACAUCUACUGGUUUCUGUACAUAGUGCAGUUAAUUCUGAGGGUGCUGAAGGGGCAGAUGGCAGGGGUCAGCGACGUGCGGGAGUACGAGGGAGAGGAAUGCGUGCGAUCGCGGCCGAAAGGACACGACGGAAACACGGAGCAGCAUGGCGCCGGGCAGAAAGGGAAUCAAGCGACAAAUGGGAUCGUGAAAGAAAAGCAGACGUAGUGACCUCACAAGUGCCACCUGCUGGAAGAUGCUAUAAAUACAAGCUACUCUGUACCUGUCUGAUGGUUUCAGGCCAAGACUGGUGCCAAUUGGUGUAGAGGAAUCGAGUAUCCAAAAAUGGCAUUUAAACUAUUUUUUUUUUUUUUAUGUAACAACACUGUGAGAGUUAUUUCAGAUUACCUUUGACUUUUGGCAACUUGCUAACUUACACAACGUACACAACAGCUCCAGCAGUGAGUUUAAAGCAGGGUGUGUUUAGUAGAUACGUCUAUAUUUCUAAGUCACAUGCACUAAGGAACCAGGGCUGACUCACAUUAUCAUGUGGCAUUCCCUAUACUAAUGAUUAUUUGAAAAAACUGGGUCUUUUUCUGGGUGUAAUCUGAAACUGUCAUUUUCAUUUCUGUGGUGAAGCGAUUUUUGUCACUAACCAUGGAAUCAGCUAUAUGAGAGAAAAUGUUUGUUUGAGACUCUGGAUUUUUAGAUCUGUCUUUGUAACGUUUCACAAUAUUACUUGUGUUCAAAUAAGGGAUAAAAUAGGAAUUUCUCACGUGGAAAAUGUAGUUUAACUUGUGUGUUGAAACAUUAAAGGUAAAACAGCUGGUAACUAAUAGCUAAAAUUUGUAGCAUAUUUAAAGUAUUUAAGUAAUUGCAUUUCUUUUAAGUUUUUUAUAAUAAGGGUGGAAUUUCAAGUGAGACCAUUGCAUGGUUCUGAAAUGCUUUAGAAGGUGGUUUGCAACUGUGCUGUAAAAAUUGGCAUUUUUUUGCCAGUUUCUCAGUUUUAUUACGAGGUCCUUGGUGCGUCGCCUGCACAGACCACUUGUGGGUCUGCUGACUUAUUGGCCAGUGUAAUCUGUACAAAUUAGACACAGUAGCUUUGAUACAAUCAAAAACAUACCUGCCCCUGAAGUGCAAAAUGCUACAUUUUGAAAAAAAUUGAAAAAACAUGCUUCACUUUAGUCAGUUUGUCAUUUUUCCGCCAUUUCGUCGUGCUUUUUUCCCCACUUCAGGGCCACCGUACUAACAGCCUGCAUGUGUGUAAGCAUCAUUUACUAGCACAGCUUCCUGUCCAGCUUCACUUAUCCGGGGAUCGCCUGCUGGUUCUCAGAACACCGCUUACACUCCGUUCCUGGGCCAGUGCUUCCGUAGGUGGUUCUCUAGGGCACAGGUGUGACUCCGAGUUCUUGGCUACCAACGGCCCUGACGUACCAGGCUGAUCCACAGGCCGUGAUUGCAUCAGACAUUCAAAGGGGAACUAUAACUAGUGAUGGACAAGAUGAUCCAUGAACCAUUUGCUGUACUUUCUGACCCCACUAGAUGGUGCUCUCGGGUUGCUUUUUGUCCUUGUUUUGAAUAUCGCCAUAUAGUGGGGUCAGAAAGUACAGCAAAUGGUUCAUGAUGUGUCAGUUUGUCGAUCACUAACUGUACCGUUUUCUGAUGCGUAGUAAAUGUGCAUGCUGUAAGCUUUGACUGUGGAGAAGUGGGCAUUAAGAAACCCCCCCGAUUUCUCAUUUUUACUUUCCAUUAUUUAAAACAUAGGAAUAUCAAGGCUGUGGAUUUAAACUUUUCAAACAUGGACAUUUUUUAAUUAAAGUGUAUAGGUGUUGCAGGUUUUGCAAGUGUUUCCUCUGUUGGUGAAGCCUAACAAAUGUUAGUUUGACCAUUUGAGUGAAACUGGCCCUUCUUAUUGAGAAAUGACCAAAUUAAAGUAUCUUCUGGACCAGUGUUAUUGAUGUACCCAGCUUUUCCUUCAAAUAAAAUGUGAAAACCAGAAA